GGAAGUUUAAGCCAUUGAUGUUGCUCUCAUCAUCCAUCUCUCGCAAUCAGGAUGUACAUCCUGUGUAUGUAUCCUCGCAUAGACUCUGUUUCUUUCUUGUGACGGGCGGCAUAUAGUUGGUGUUCCAACUAUUUCGAUGACAGAUGCAGUGAGCCUUAUCAUAUCCGACGGAUUUGAUUGGAUGAGUGACGUUGUAAAUGUAAUACUGGGCGUCAUCAUGGUCGCUCGGUUACAUGCCAUGUAUCAGCGAUCAAGAAAGGUGCUGAUAUUUCUGGUCGUCAUCUUUCUGGCCAUCAGAAUUGCCAACGCAGUGAUGGCCGUAAUAGUGACGAUGCAUCAUUCAGGGGAGGAAUACGUUCUCUCCGGCACCUAUCAGUGCAUGAUUGACUACGGGGGAGAUUCCGGAUUUCUUGGUUCCAUGACUUGGAUACUUGACACUGUAUGGGAGGUCGUUGCACUGUGUCUCGCGGUCUGGAUUGCUGUAAAGCACUUCUGUGAACUGCGACAACACUCAACAAGAGGUAUUAUCGGUGACUGUUUCACGGUGCUAAUGAAAACUCAUGUAAGUUACUUUGCGAGUUUCUUGGCUCUCUCUUGCUUGCAGCUCGGAUUGUUCUCUCCAACGCUCUCAGCGAACUCAUAUUCCCUGGGCGCUCAGAUUUAUGAAGGUUUCGCUCAGAUAUUCGAGAUUAUGGGAUUGUUUGUGCUGGGACCACGCCUGAUCCUCGGUGUUCGAGAAUAUCACGCUGAGCUCGUGACCAACUCCGAUACGGCAACCGCUAUGACUUCAAUUGCUUUUGAGGAGCGCGUCCACGUGUCAACUAGCAGUAGUGUGUAGCGCAGGAAAAGCUCGAUAUGAUUAAUUUGCGACGAGGGGGUAGUGUGCAGGGAGCGGGAGAAUUUGUUUUUAUUUAUUCUAGGUUUUGUCGUGGUACUUAUUUAUGUACGAGUCAUAUCUUGAUAAAAGUUGAGCCCGCUGAUGUGACUUGGGGCUCCCAGGGAC